AUGUAUGUGAAAACUGCUCCUAGUUUUGCUGAUGCUGCCAUGGGUAGACUUGUUCAAGGUACGAAGGUUUUAGCAGAAGGUGGUUAUGAGAAGAUAUUUAGAAAAACCUUUGAUACAGAUCCAGAAGAGCAACUUCAAAAUUCAUAUGCAUGCUAUAUGUCAACAUCAGCUGGUCCAUUAAUGGGAGUGUUAUACGUAUCUACAGCAAAGCUUGCAUUUUGUAGUGACAAUCUAUUGUCAGAUAAAGCUGGUGAUAAGAUUGAAUGGGACUACUACAAGGGUUCCACCCUAGUCAAGGAGUUCAAGAAGAUAAGCUUCAAAGGCAAUCGCUCGAUCACAACUUCUCAUUGCUCUCUCCACAAAUUGCACCAAGCUAAAGGGUGGCCCUUGGCAGCAAUGACGGAGAUGACUGUUCUGAUGGAGAGUUUCAAUCUCAAGGCAAUGGGAAGAAGAAGGCAAUGUUGCGAUUUCUGCAUCAAUGGUGCUUCACAACAUCCUCUUAGGCCUGUACUCGUGAAAGCUGGGGCAGAAUCACAGAAACAUAUCAGCAGAGCAGAGCUUAAGAGCAGAGCAUAUUCUGCAGCUGAGAUGAGCUUCUUCGACCUCAUCUCCUUGCCAAAGCCAAGUAAGAAGGUGAACAGUAUCUUCAUGGAAACCUGCUCUACUCCUGCUUGGGUUUUGCCUCUGCUUUUUACUGCUUGCUGCAAGCUCUCUCUCUCUCUCUCUCUCUUGCCCGGGAUUUCCAAGGUGAGGAGCCUUGUGAUGAAUGUGACUAUGGAGGUUGAUGUUGCUGGCAUACUGACAUCAACAACAGAGAAAUGUCACGUGGACCAAAAAGUGACUGCAUCUUGA